AUGAAGCUGCAGACAGAGGCGCAUAAACCGGAUUGGUCGAAAGAAACAGGUCUGACCGUCGACUGUCCUCACCAAGCAGCCAACACGAGAACAGGAGCGGUGUCUGACGAGAAGCCGAACCUGGGUGUUAGAAUCGUCGACACUGCCAAGAGCGUCGCUCGUCAGUUAUGGGAGAAGUACGGGUUUUACAUUUUACCUCCUAUGUAUAUCCUAUCCUUUUCAAGCCUUUUUCGUUGA